UUGGCCCGCGCGGGAGCCGAUCCUCUCCCAAUCCGGGUCUGAGGGAGGGAAGUGCGAGGCAGGCAUUUGGCAGGGGCGCGAGGCGCGGAGCGGAGUCUCUUCGAAGUGCGCCUUCUCUCCCGCUUGCCUCGCGUCCUUCCUUCCUUCCUCCUUCGGCGCCGCAAUGUGGGGGCGGUGGCGGGGGAAGAAGGAGCGGGGAAGGCGGCAGGUGCGGGACUGAGCGCCAUGGAGGAGCGCCUGGGCCGCUGGCUGCUGGUGCCGCUGCUGGGGGCGCUGCUCUGCCUCGUCCUCCUGCUUCUUCUCUCCUCCGAGGCGCCCCCGCACGCGCCCCCGGCCUGCGCGGGAGGAGGGAGGAGGGCGGGAAGCAGGCCCCGCGCCCCGUCCCUCCGCUUCGACAUGCGCGGCCGCGACGUGAUGGUCUUCCUCCACAUCCAGAAGACGGGCGGCACCACCUUCGGGAGGCACCUGGUGCGCAACAUCCGCCUCGAGCAGCCCUGCCACUGCCGGCCUGGGCAGAAGAGGUGCCUCUGCCGACGGCCCGGGGCCGGAGGCGCCGCGGGAGAGGGCGAAGGCGACGGCGCCGACAAGGGCGACACGUGGCUCUUCUCCCGCUUCUCCACCGGGUGGAGCUGCGGGCUGCACGCCGACUGGACCGAGCUCACCAGCUGCGUCCCCGCCGCCAUGCAGCGCCGCCGAGGAGGAGGCGGAGGAGGAGGAGGAUGCCCCGACGACGGCGCCCGCAGGAACUUCUACUAUAUCACAAUGCUGAGGGACCCUGUGUCACGCUACUUGAGUGAAUGGAAACACGUCCAGAGAGGAGCAACAUGGAAGACCUCCCUCCACAUGUGCGACGGGCGAAGCCCUACACCAGAGGAGCUGCCUAUGUGUUACUUGGGAGAUGACUGGUCUGGGGUGAGCUUGCAAGAAUUCAUGAGCUGCAGCCACAACCUGGCUAACAAUCGUCAGGUGCGCAUGCUAGCAGACCUCAGCCUAGUUGGAUGUUACAACUUGACCUUUAUGAAUGAAAGUGAAAGAAACACGAUCCUCCUCCAAAGCGCCAAGAACAACCUGAAAAACAUGGCGUUCUUUGGACUCACCGAAUUUCAGAGAAAAGCUCAAUAUCUUUUUGAGAGGACUUUCAAUCUGGAGUUCAUCUCCCCUUUCACUCAGUACAAUAUUACACGGGCCUCCAAUGUGGAUAUCAGUGACUCGGUGCGGAAAUGCAUAGAAGAGCUGAACUUCCUGGAUAUGCAGCUGUAUGAAUAUGCUAAAGACCUAUUUCUGCAGCGCUUCCAGUAUGCCAAACUAGAAGAGCAUGAACAAAACCGUCAAAAACGACGGGAAGAGCGAAAAACUUUGCAUGAACAGAAGCUCCAUGAAUGGAAAAAGGAGAAAGAAGCAGAAAUAGUAGCUGUUACUGAGGAUUAUAACAGUCAGGUGGAACGGUGGUGAAUUGCUCCCUUCUGUGUGCAGCUACACAAACACACCCUUUUGUACACAGAGAGACUAACAGAACAUUGAACUUAAUUAUUCAGUGGUGAAUUACCAUGUGGACCUCCCGUUUGUUUUGAUACAUUGAGACGGAGUCAUUCAGCCAUCCUCACUAUUUUAUGUACUUAUACAUUAUGUCAUUCAACAAAACAGUAUGUUAUGUUUGGCAGUGCACCCUGAUUUGCAUGAUUGAGUUGGCUAUUGAGUAGUUCUUUCUUCAAAAUAAGCCACGUGCAAAGGCAGUGCCCUCCAUGUUCUUGGUGUUUCAAGUUUUUCCUAAUAGCCUUGGGCUGAUGGAAAGUUUAGAAUUUUAACAUCAUGCUUCAGUGUGACUUCCCCAUGUAUGCAUAAAUGUUUGAGGGUUGAUCCUAUUGUUCUUUGUGUUAUGUAAGUUCAGAAUGAAUGUAACAGAACAAGAAAUGCUGCCCUUCAGUUAUUUACAGGUAGAGUUUUAGGUGAGUGAAGAAUUCUGGAAACUAAAUACAUUUGGGGGGGGGGGGAGCGUAUAAUCAAACAGAUUGAUCUGAAGGAACCUUGAAGUUUGUCUUAAUUCUCGUGAUGCUUUUUGCUAAGCCAAACCAUACAGACUGACACAGCGACUGGCCUUUUUAAAAAGAAGUCCUGUAAGUAACAUGAGGGUUUUGAAAACACAAAAUGAAGAGCGAUUGGUUUGAUUUUCCUCAAUAGUAUUUUCUUUGAGACUAUUCUAUAACAGUGGUGAUAUACACUAAGAGUCAGCAAGAAGAUAAAGUAGGAAAGUAUUGAACUGCAGGGGUCUGUCUAGAGUUCUGUGGUGAAGGUAAGUUAUUCUAUGACAUACAAGUUUCUUCUUUUAAUGCCCAACUAUGGAUAGUUCUCAAGAGCUUUGUGGCUAUAGGUUUCAUGUUCAUAAAUCUUUAUACAACCUCAUUAUCUUUUGUUCUUUGACAGAGAUUCUUCAACUCAAUAAGAUGUGAAACAAGCCUCUAACUCAGUGGUUCUCAACCUGGAGUCCCCAGAUGUUUUUGGCCUACAACUCCCAGAAAUCCCAGCUAGUUUACCAGCUGUUAGGAUUUCUGUGAGUUGAAGACCAAAACAUCUGGGGACCCCAGGCUGAGAACCACUGCUAGCUCAUCAGGUUUUACAUAAGAUUUCAGAUGAAAAUAUUGAUUUCAGUAGUAAAAUGCUAAUUUAGGGCAACACUAUAAUAAACAUGGAUGGUAAACCUCAAGACAUUAAUAUUGAAAACAAAAAUUAGAUUCUGCUGUCUUGCUGAUUUAAUGCUUAAAAACAGGGAUUUUAGAAUGCCUCACUUUUGAAUUCAGUCCUUUCACGUGUUGGAUAUUAUUCAAGUUGAUAUUUAAGUAAGCUUUCUCCCUUCUCCUUAAGAUUGCUUUGUGCUGCUGCAACUUCUUGCUUUCCUUAACAAUGUCUUCUGGCGCAAUACUAUACUAUAUAAAGCUUUAUUUUAAAAGCAGUUUGAAAAUCAGCCGUGCUUUUAGAAUUUGAGUUGUCAUGUUUGACUGGCUUUCCAUAUGUCUGCUAUAAUCAGAUGGAAAAUGGGGCAACUGAGAUUGGCAAAUUCUCCCUUCGGCUGAGGAAUAUAUAUAAUACAACCUUCCCCAUGUUCUUGAGACCACACUCCUCCUCAGUCCUAGCCAGCAUAGCUUUGCGAGGGAUGAUAGGAGUUGUGAUGCAGAAGCAUCUGGAGAGCCAUGUGUUCCUCUUUCCUUCCUGUUUUUCUGACUUCAUUUCUGAACAUGUAGUCUAAUUUUUAAACCAUUCUGUGGCAAAUUGCAAAUAUUCUUUUCCACUUUAUGUACAGAAUACGGCUCUUUCAGCUAACAGUGUUUAUUUCUGGUUGUCUGCCAUAUUUGAGAACCUGGUCCAACUCUAUUUGCAUUCACUUUUCUUUCCACAUUUGUCCACAAAUGGCUUUGUCACUAUUUGUGAUGGCAAAGAAGAGUAGUAAGAAGGCAAAGAGGGAGAAAAGGUUAAAGGAGUAUGAAAACAAAUACCAUAUAUAGUUGUAUAUAAGUUAAAAAAAUUAUAACAAGAAAUCAUUGCCAAAAAACCUGGGUCGACUUAUACAUAAGUGCUUGCUGUAAUAAGGAUCCAAUGCAAAGGCAAAAGGCAGAGGCAAGACGUGCUCUCACCCAUUCCUUCUCCCUCGCAAUGCAGUUUACACCUGCUAAAUAAACAGGCCCUCUCAGGCUGUAUAUCCCAGGAUCUGAUCCCAGAUUAUCUGCUUUGAAUUGGAUUAUAUGUUCCUUCUGCAUUUUUUAAAAGGGAGAAAUGUUUGCUUAGUCCAUGAACCUACAUUUUGCACAUGUCAUAUACAAGAAUCAUAAUUUUGACCCCAAAACCUGCCCUUCACUUGUAUAUAAAACAACCUAUAAAUGAGUAUAUGCAGUAGUUUGCAACAAAAAUGGCCAGAUACUCAAGAUGUAUCCAUACUGUAGAAUUAUUCCAAUUUGACACCAUUUUAACUGCCAUAUCUCAACUUCGUGAAAUCAUGGGAGCUGUAGUUUUACAAGGUCUUUAGCCUUGACUACCAUAAAGUAUUGAGGCCUCGCCAAACUACAGCUCUGAGUAUUCCACAGCCCUCUGUUAAAGUGAUGUGAAACGGCAGUAACUCUCCAGUGUGAUUGUACCCUUCGUGUGCCGUGCCCGGCCCUUAUGCUUCUGGUAGACUUUAACCUCAGCCUUGACCUACAUACGGCCCAUAGUUUAGUAUUUUCUACACAUUGCCAAUCAACUCAUUCAGUGUGUCUCCCCUAAAAGUUGCUAGAUUACCCAAUUAAACUCAAGUUUUGAAAAUGGAUUGGUUUUAAAGAAUUUAUUGCCACAUUCAGGGAAACAGAAAGGAUUGCUACUUACGGAAAAGAAAUAUUAGCAAUUGGUAGAAAUGCGCUGCAUAAAUUCUAUUGAUAAAUAGGACAUCCUGUAGAAAGGGAAGAACUUUUUGAAGCCUCGGUCCGAGAAGGAGAAGAACUGGGUGUGUGGACCAAAAUAGGAGCUGGGUUUGGGACCGAAGAAUGAAAAAGAAGAAGAAGGAAAAACGGAGAGCCCUGGAAAGUGGGUGGAGGGGCACCAUUGAUUUGCUUAGCCCAAGGCCAAGGUCCUCUUCCUGCAACCAGAUAAUCUGAUCUUUAGAACUGAAAGGCAGGAAUCGCUUUCCCCUCCCAACAGAAAGUGUUGAGAGGAAGGGACCAAGGAUGCAUUCAGUGACUUCUCUAUAUUCUGGACUGGUUUCUCUUUCAUAUUAUUGUAUAAUAUACCAUUUUUAAUGAACUGUGACAGCCCCCUUUUUAAUUUUGUUCACACCGUGCUACGCAGCUGGUUAAUGCAAUGAAAAGUUUUCCUCAUAUCCAUUCCCUGUCUCAUGUCUUAGCUUUCCCCUCCCACCCCGCUUUCGGCUUUCUGCUUUUUACCCUCCCUUUUAAUUAUGCUAUUAAGGUAUGAUGGAUGCAGAGAAAUAGUGGACGUGAUAGAUACCUGAUCAUUAAAACUGCAGAUUCCAGAAAGUAAUAUUUGAGAUUCCUGGUUUUUGCAUGCAAAGCAUUUCUUGGACUAUUGGCCUCUGCAGUUCACACUUCUUCAUUGGGACAGAGGCCCUUUCCACACUGCCCUAUAUCCCAGGAUCUGAUCCCAGAUUAUCUGUUUUAAACUGGAUUAUAUGAGUCUCCACCGUCAGAUAAUUUGGGAUAAACAGAUAAUCUGUGAUCAGAUCCUGGGAUAUAGGGUCAGCGUGGAAGGGGCCUGAGGAGUCAGAAAGAGUGCAGUGAUUCACUGGUGCAGACAAAUAUUCAGAAUAUGCUCAUAUUUCUUAUUAAGAAUUCCCCUGUCUUGAUUCAUUGACUGGCCUUUGUAGCCUACGCAGUCAUUGCUGCAUUUGUGAUGGAGCAGUAUCUGAUAAAGGAAACACUGUUCCUUAUUUUUAACCAUAAAUACGAAAAGCAUUGUCAAAGGCUUUCACAGCCAGAAUCACUGAGUUACUGCAAAUUUUCCAGGCUGUAUGGUCAUGUUCCUGAAGCAUUAUCUCCUGACGUUUUGCCUGCAUCCAUGGCAGCCAUCCUCAGAGAUUGUGAGGUCUGUUGGAAACUAGGCAAGUGGAUUUUAUAUAUCUGUGGAAAGUCCAGGUUAGGAGAAAGAACUCUUGUCUGUUUGAAGCAAGUGUGAAUGUUGCAAUUGAUCACCUUGAUUAGCAUUUAAUGGCCUUGCAGAUUCAAAGCCUGGCUGCUUCCUGCUUGAGUUCUUUCUCCCAACCUGGAUUUACCAUAGAUGUAUAAAGUCCACUUGCCUCGAUUCCAACAGACCUCGCAACCUCUGAGGAUGCCUGCCAUAGAUGUGGGCAGAACAUCAGGAGAGAAUGCUUCUGGAACAUCGCCAUACAGCCUGGAAAACUCACAGCAACCCAAUAUGUGAUGGAAUGACCAUGUUAGUGAAGAUAGAAAGAAUGGAAGCUGUAGAAGAAUAACUUAAAUUAAGGAAACUGUAGAAUUACAUCACAAUCUUUCUCAUCUUAACAGUUCUCAGAUGUGUUGAUCUCCCACCAUUCCCAGACUACCAUCAUAUUACUGGUAUUAGCUUUGUAGUUCAUGCAUGGGAGGCAGCUUGGUAUAUUGGUUUGAAUAUAGGACUAAACACUCAGAGAGCAGGGUUCAAAUCCCUACUUAGCCACGAAAAACCCUUGGCUGAGGUUGUGCAAGUCACAUUCUUUUAAUCUCAGAGGAAAGCAAGGGCAAAUGCCCUCUGAACAAAUCUGCCAAAUAAACCCCAUUGCCAUUAAGUCAGAAAGGACUUGAAGACUCACAUCAACAAAUCUAUGCAUGCAAAGAUUUUAGACAAAACUAAAAUGAUAAAAAGUCAGCAGUGAAAACAUUGUCACAUUCCCUGUAGAUGCUAUGGUUUGGCCCAACAAUUAAAUCAAUUAAAUGAUAGUUAAUUAUUCAUGUUAAUGAUAGUGAAUUAUUUCCCCCUAGUUUCUAAUGUUCUAAAAUGUCAUUCUAAAUCUCAUGUCUCAAACUUUGUUUUAUCUCACAUUAAAUGACAUUUUAAAAUGUAAUGUUUCAGGCUCUGCUUUUAUCUAACUUUGCCCUGACCACUCCCAACCUUUGCACUGGUUCUUACUGGUGUUUUACCCUUUGCUAUCAAACUUUUUUUUCAAGGUUGGCCUUCCUGGCUUUCCUUUACCCUCAUCCGUACCCAGUGGCUCUUUGUUUUCAUCCCCCUUCAUUUGGUGGAACUACAUUGGUUAUCAGAGUUAUGAUGCUGUCAGGAAUUUCACAGAUAUGGCAUGAAAUCAGACUGAGAUACAAGCACUGUUUUUACCUGGCUUAAGCCAACCUUUCCGUUAUAGAUCAGCCACUGCUGUUAGACACAUUCGCAUCUUUGAAUACAAUCAGAUGUAAUGCAAGAGAUCUACAGGUAGGCUCUCUCAUAUAUUUAGCCAAAAUUGCAGAUUUGCACUUUUGGUGAAGGAAGCAUCUAUUUGUUCUCUGCUAUUUUCCCACUACUUUCUUACCCAACCCAUGCUUUACUGUGGUUGUGUUCCUUCAAUUUGUUUUCAGAUUACAGUGACCCUAAGGCAAACCUAUUACAGACAAGAUUUAUUCAGAAGGGGUUGCCAUUGCUUUCCUCUGAGACUGGGAGAGUGUGACUUGCCCAAAGAAGUGGGUUUCCAUGACAGAACAGGAAUUUGAACCCUGGUCUCAAAAGCCAUAGUCUAAUUUUCAAAACAUGACAUCAUAUUGUCUGUUAUCAAUGCCUGCUUUUUUGUUUUGACUUCAAGAGAUUCUAAUCACAUACCUUCACUAUAGUAUAUAAUUUAUUUAGUCAAGUACAUUUUUCCAUUUUGCCGAUAAAACACUAUUUCCCAAUUCAUCAAUUCCAUUGUUCAAUGUCUUAGGCAAUGAUCUGGCAAGCUGAGUCAAGUAGAGGUUUUUCAAUACUCGUAGUGUUUCAUGAACCUUGCUUUUCGCACAAAUUAGGCAAAGGUGUCACUGAGUGUUAUGCAUUAGGCAGACACUACAUGAAUCAGACAGACUCGUGACUUAAGUGGAGGUUUUCCCAGGUUCAUGAAUUAAGCGCAAGAUUUAUUUAAUUUAAAUUUUAUCAAAAGGCAGUUCGUAAUUCGUAACCUAAAACAACACUUUGCUUAUUUCAUUAAUGGAACAGUUUCGCUAAUUAAGCACAACAAGCCUUAGGCAGGAACUCUUUAAAAACCUAUUUGUAUACUAAUUAUUAUUCACCAACCCCCUUUUUAAAAGCCACAAAAGAGCUUUGGAGCCCUUUUAUGUUCUUCUUCAUAAUUUGCUGAUAAACUCGGUGUCAUAUCAGCAAAAAGGAUGCUUAAUUAUAAACAGAGAGGGCCAGAUUCUCAGUUUGUUUCUUCCAGGUUUCCAUUGCAUUUUCAAGGUUUAUCUUUUUAGUGAGGCUUGAAAUGAGGUCAGGAAUUAGCUAAUGAUGUCAGUUCAUUCUGCAAGCAUCCCGGUUAAGCCUAUCUACUGAAAGCAAAUUCAUUCCCCAAGUUUAGGUUCUUAUGUAGCCAAAACAAUCCUCUAUGACAGUGGUUCUCAGCCUUCCUAAUGCCGUGACCCUUUAAUACAGUUCCUCAUGUCCUGGUGACCCCCAACCAUAAAAUUAUUUUCGUUGCUACUUCGUAACUGUAAUUUUGCUACUGUUAUGAAUUGUAAUGUAAAUAUCUGAUAUGCAGGAUGUAUUUUCAUUCAUUGGACCAAAUUUGGUACAAAUACCCGAUACGCCCCAAUUUGAAUACUUUUGGUGGGAGGAUUCGCCAUCUGUUUCCAAAAAGGAAGAGAGGGACAAAAAGAGAAAUAUUCAGCCUUCUCUGCCAAAAGGGUUUGUAAGACCAUCAGAAAUAUGUGUUUGUUGAUGGUCUUUGGCAAACCCUCAUGACCCCUCCCCAGGUUGAGAAACGCUGCUCUAUGGGGUGAGGUAUGGGUGGAAAGUAUUAGCAGAGGCAGGGAAUCUCAAGGUUUGUAAGAAUACAAAAGUACUUCAAAGAAAAAGUACUGGGGAAGCAAAGGAAAAAGGGCAAAUGAAGAAUAAACAUGCUUAGUGGCUGUUUGGAAGAAGGCAUAGGGUGAAGGAAGGAAGGAAGGAAGGAAGGAAGGAAGGAAGGAAGGAAGGAAGGAAGGAAGGAAGGAAGGAAGUUACUGCCAGAGGGACUUAGGAAAUUGUUGGACUUUAAUGUCCUGACAUUUUCAUUGCUGCACAUGCUUCCUGGGGCUUCUGGAAAGGAAAAUCCAGCAAUAAUUUCUGGCAUCUUGCAAUGGAAACCACUAGAAAUGAAUAUCUUGCAAGAGUGUUUGCCUUUCUAGCUGAGAUCUCUAAAUAUCAACAAUAGGCGUCCCUCCUGUUUUAAAUAAUAUUCAAACUCUGGUUCUUUUAAAUUAUUUGGAUGCUAAAUGAAAACCUUGAUCUGUCUGUUCACAGGAUGUUGCAAAAAAAAAUUCUUCCCUGUAGGAACUGCUUGUUUUCUCUGGCUUGAUGCUCCUAGGGCAGGUCUUCAUGUUUUCAGCAGUAAUUGGCUGGAGCCCCUAUUGAACAGAACCUAGUUGGGACUUGCAUCCUUAGCAACAAAUCAAUCAAUAUCCCUUCUAGUUUGAGCAUUUCCCUCUUCGAAACUGUCAGUGUGCUCUAAAUAUAUGUGUUUGUGUGGAAACCUGCAUUUUUCUGUACUGAGUGCUGUGCAGACUGCUGUUUCUCACUGGAUGUUUAAGUAGUGAUGCGAAGAUAAAGCUGUUGCAGCUCACAAACUAUUUUUUGGGAAAUAAGUCCAUUGUCAAAACCAAAUUGACUAGAUCUUUGUGAAUUUGUGAGAUAGCCCAAUUGCAUUCACCAAAAAGAAGAGACUAACAGAGCUAAAAUGAUUAAGCUGUGAGAAGCAUGGAAUGUCUUUCAAUGUACGUAUAUCCGUUUCAACACGUAGAUUUAGGAUGAAUAUAAUAAGGGACUUUUUGUUCUGAGGAUUCACAAUUAGAAUUUAUAGGGUGAAUGAAAGAACAAUAUAAGGAAGCGCAAAACGAAUAUACAGUAGAUUCUCAGUUAACCGAAACUCAAGCAACCGGCUUUAAAAAAAUCAAGGAAUUUAUGCUUUAAAUAAAAAGUUGUUUGUAUAAUACAGUAAAACACUAAUACUGUGCUACAUUACGUUAGGCUUGUCUUUUUUUGUCUUUAUUGGCUUUUGACUACUAAUAUAAUUUCAAUACAGACUUCAUGGCAGCGUAUGGAGCAUAGUAUUAGGCCUGUUUUUAAUUGACAUGCUCAAGCAAUCCUCCUGGGUGCCGAUUAACUGAAAGUCUACUGUAUUUAUUUAUUAAACAUCUUGGCCUGAGUCCUAAUGUUAGUUCCAAUGAAAAUAGACACCUUGCAUCAGUGGGAUUUAUAUUGGCAUGUAAUACUUGAUUCAAUGAGUCUCCGUCAGUUGGGAAUAGCAAAAGAAUUCAAGUCCUUAAGUGAAAUUUGGUGUGGUCUCCAAAGACCAGUUAAAUUUUGCUUUGAAUGACUUAGGCAUCCUUUGGGGUGUGAGUUGGUCAUCCCUUUUUGUUUCCAGCUGCAUGACUUUAUUACAGUUUCAUGAGCUAUGUUAGAAUCAUAAAAUAAUAGAAUUGGAGGAGACCACAUGGGUCAUUAAAUCCAACCCCCUACCAUGCAAGAAAAGCACAAUUAAAGUACCUCUGACAGAUGGCCAUAUUGUCUCUGUUUUAAAGCCUUCAAGGAAGGAGCCUCCACCACACUUUGAGGCAGGGAAUUCCACCGUUGAAGAGCUUUCAUGGUCAGGAAGUUCUUCCUAAUGUCCAGGUGGAAUCUUCUUUCCUGUAAUUUGAACCCGUUGCUCCGAGUCUAGUCUCCAGGCCAGCAGAAAUCAAGCCUGUUUCUUCUUCCUUAUGACAUUCUUUCAAAUAUUUAAACAUGGUGAUCAUGUCUCCUUUCAACUUUCUCUUCUGCAGGCUAAAUAUACCCAGCUCGUUAAGCUGCUCCUCAUAGGGAUUUAUGGUCUCCUUUGAUCAUUUUAGUUGUCCUCCUCUGAACACCUUCCAGCUUGUCAAUAUCUCUUUUAAAUUGUGGUGCCCAGAGUUGAACACAGUAUUCCAGAUGAGUUCUGACCAAAGCAGAAUAGAGAGGCGCCAUGAUUUCCCUCGAUCUAGACAUUGUACUCCACUAAAAUUCCAAGAUCGUUUCCACAUGGACUAUUGUCGAGCCUGGCGUCACCCAUCAUUUAUCUGUGUAUUUCUUUUUUUCUGCCUAAGUGAAGUAUCCUACAUUUCUCCUUGUUGAAAUUCAUUUUGUUAGUUUUGGCCCAGCUCUCUAAUUUGUUAUGGUCAUUUUGAAUUCUGAUCCUGUCUUCUGGAGUAUCAGCUCUCCUUCCCAAUUUGGUGUCAUCUGCAAAUUUGAUAAGCACACCCUCUAAACCUUCAUCCUAGUCAUUAAUAAUACGUUCCUCAUAGACAUGACAAAUAUUUAGACUUGAUUGGGUUGAUCUCCCCCCCCCCCCAACAAUACACAGUUGCUAUAGGCCUAUGGAGCCUCAGUGUUAAAGCGCUGAACUACUGAACUUGCAGACCAAAAGGUCCCAGGUUCAAACCCGGGGAGCAGAGUGAGUGCCCGCUGUUGGCUCCAGCUUCUGCCUACCUAGCAGUUCGAAAACAUGCAAACAUGAGUAGAUCAAUAGGUACCGCUCCAGCAGGAAGGUAACGGCGUUCCAUGCAGUCAUGCUGGCCACAUGACCUUGGAGGUGUCUAUGGACAACGCCGGCUCUUCAGCUUAGAAAUGGAGAUGAGCACCAACCCCCAAAGUCGGGCACGACUGGACUUAACGUCAGGGGAAAACUUUACUUUUACCUUUUAUAGGCCUAUUACAACUGCUACCUGUUCCUUUCUAAGAGCCAUCAUCUCUUUAUAUGCUUCAUAUAGUACAUGCCUUGCUUGGCAAUACUGUGUGGCUUUCAGAUAUGGAUCUGGACACGUUAUUUUAAAAAUGUAAAUCUUGAUAAAUUGAGCAUAUCUAAGACCCAGUUUUACAUUAUAAUUUUCAUGAAGAGCCUUGGAAGUGCUUAAGCUCUACAAGUAAAUCGCUUCCAUUAUACUAAUAGUUUUCACAUGCCACCAGCUCAUGUUGUUUUUUGGGGCACCUGUGACUCCAAUAGACAGGUUAUCUGCACUUACAUAGUGCAUAAUUCAGACCCUUCUAGCUAUGAAGUGUUUGUGGUGGCCCUAUUUACUCAUCACAUGCCAUAUCUGCAUGCUUCCCUUAUUAACCCUCAGUUCUUUUUUAUCCACUGCAGCAGCAGCUUAGUAAAGAACUGUUAGAGUGUUUACAUGAUUAGGCUUGGAUUUCUUUUACUCUUUUGUGUUUUGACUGCUUUCAUCCUUAAGUUUUGACUCAGAUGUCUAUGAUUUCAGAUUGCUCUCUAGUUGGUCAGGCCACAUUUGUCUGUUCUUCUGAGGAAUUGUUUUGUGGUCUCCUCGGCUUCACUAAAGAAAUGGUUUCAUGGCAGAAAGAAUCCUGAAAAAGAUGGGCACAUGAAUUGCCUUCUUUCUUUCAGAAAAGGCCACACAAUUAGUUUGUGCUAUCACUGCCAGACCUUUACAUUGAAGUCUAAAUGUAACUGCAGUUUGCGCCUUAAAACCUUUAAAAAUGCAGCUAUGAGGGCUAAAGCCAUUCAAAAUCAACCACUUCCAUCUCAUUCAGUUUCAACACCAAUAUCUAUAGGCUCUUUCAUGAGGGCAGCCCUUGGAAAAUCUUUAAGGAAAUUCUCUUAAUAAUGAGAGAGUUGUGAACAAUCCAAGUUUUGAUGUCUAAAAAGCUUUCCAAGUACACCAGAAAGCUCUUUAGAUCUUGAAACAGACGCAUCUAGAGCACAAUCACCUGAUAUGGAAUCUCGGACCCCUCAAUCCCUCAAGGUAACAGGUAUAAAAGGAAAUUCAGGGAAAGCAAGUGUUUUCUUGGUACUCUGAGGUAAUUUCUAAAGCUCUUCAGUCACUUCCCUCUCUAGUUUAUCAAGAGAAGGAUUAAUCUUCAGUCAGUUUUAGGCAUUUGACCAGAAAGCAUGUAGAAUGAAGGUAUGAUUCACCUAUGAUUGCUUUUGCUUUGGAUGGAUAAAUUGUUGAAUUUUCUAGCAGAGAAUCAGAGACCACCUUUAAACGGAGGACACCAAUUCAGUCCUUUCCUGUUGAUUUUAACAGUAUUAAUCAUUGCAAGCUGACUGCCAUCUAUUGAGGCUCAGUCCUGAUGUCCCCAUCAUUGUCCAUCUUGAUCUUCAUCAGAUUCCACUUCAACCUUGUCUUCUUGGUCUAGAUCUCAAAGUCCUAGACUUUAUCAUUGUUUCAAUCUUAUCAUAGUCUCACUGAAACUCUUGAAGCGUAUCACAGAUACCGAGUUCAUUUUCCACUCCAUUUUUUGAUAGAAUCCCUUCUUUCCAUUGUUAUUAGUGUCACUGGAACCUUCAACACUACUAUUAUUCUGAUCCUCAGGUUUCCCAUUAUAGAAAACACCAUGAUGGUUAUGCAUUCAGGCUAUGUAGGCAUAAUAUAGACCCUAAUCAGCACCAGCCAUCAAAGCACUGGUCACAGUUUCCAUCUGGUCAUCAGUCUCCAUCUCGUAAUCAAUCUCCAUAUUAUAGGUCUCCUUCCCAUGUUCAGUCUCUAUCUUGUCAGCAAUUUCUAUUCUGUUGACAGACACAAUCUAUUCAAUUGUCUCCUAGUUUGAAGUGGGUGGAUUAGUUGGUACCUGGGCAACUUUCUUUGGAUGAGGUUGGGUCUCCAUCAGCCACUACCAGUGAAACUACACAUACACCUGCUCUGUCUCAAUGUCCAGAUUUGUCCAACUCAAAUGAGAAUUCAGAUUCAUCUUCAUUAGUUUCAUAAUCUCCUAGACAAGUAUCCCUACCUGUUCUGGUAAGUGACAAAAUGAAUGAGUUUCUCCCACUGAAGACAUAUGGUUCUUUAUGGGACAAAUGUUAUUUAUAGUGAAAGCACUAAACUUGGCAGUGGAAUAGGCAUCGGAAUUGGUGGAGAAUCUGGUUACCUCCAAUUUGCAGGCCAAAACUCACAAGUUGGCUGUUCAAACAAAUUACCACUGCCAGACACUUGGCAAUGUGAAUGCAUUGGGACUUCAGAGGCAGUCAUUGUUGCACUCCUCAGGUAUCUGGCAUGACACUCUUGCCUUCUACAGUUAGUAGCUCCUGGGCUGCCAUUUGUGUGAAUCACAGAAACUACAAAGGAGGACAGUGACUGUAGUUCUUUAUCUGAACUCAUACAACCCUGUACAUUUUCUCACAAUGCCCUGCCUUUCCUUAGAUCCUCAGAUUCUGCAAUAGCCUCCAUGGAACUGAGAGUUUAGGUUGGAAGCGUGAUCAUAUGGUGCGUGGGGAGUUUUGGGGCUACUGUCAAAAUACUAUCAUGAUAGCUAGCUUCCAAAUGAUGCAUUGUACCGGUGCAGAUAACACAUUUGUAUGAUUUCCCAGAUGACCUCUCAAAGGAGACAGCUAAGCAACCUAUCCUUUUUGGCACUGGAAGGAAGCUGACGCUGCACGUAAGGGAGACAAUCCAUGUAGCAAAGUUGUUUCAGUAAGCAGCUGUAGAAAGCCCCCACUUGCCUCGUUUCCAACAGACCUCAACCUCUGAGGAUGCCUGCCAUAGAUGUGGGUGAAACGUCAGGAGAGAAUGCUUCUGGAACAUGGUCAUACAGUCUGGAAAACCCACAGUAACCCAACUUGGAACAUUGUUUUUCAAUGUAACAUCUUAGUAUUGCCCAUUGCUUUUUCUCUUUAUUUCUACAACUUUUGUAACUUUUCUAUUUCCUGCAAAAAAUAUACUUAAGAAAAUGACUCAACAUUUUCCAAAAUGACUCCCCACCACCACCCAAAGUUGUAGAGAGAAAGAGAAAACUUUAUUUGCAUUUACAACAAGUAAAUAUUAUGAAUAAUAAUGAUGCUUUAUUACUAGGCAAAGUUAGCAGUUUUAUGUUCACAUUAGCCCCAAAGCAAAACAUCCUUAAGAGGACUUCACUAAAUUGUAAUCCUUCCCCCCAGAUGUCUUGGUAUCUCAGCUAACAACUGUGUUUUGGAAACUUGACACACCAAUACAAAGUGACAGUUGGCAACUGUGCUUGUCCAAGGAGUCUAACUUGGUUAGGCUCUCCAUCUGCCAGAGAGAAUAAGUAUUGUUUUUAGGGUUAAGGGCAAAAGUCCAGAGGUAAGAGUGGCAAUGCCUUCAGCUGCAAUACAUUGAACUUGUGUGUGUUUGAGUGACACUUUCAAGUAAUUCGCUUUGUUACCUGCACCUGCUUUGCGUCCUCCCCACAACCACAUUGGCUCCUUGACUUAGAUGGGGCUUGAUUUAGAUUAGUGCUGAAACACAGCUGGGAAUGCAAAUUAUCAUGUCACUAAAUGAUGCUUCAGUUGCUUGUGUUUAUGCCACUUCAUUGGCUUGCCAGUAUUAGGAAAUCACUGGCUUCCUAAAUUUACCUUUGAUUUAUGAGUCAUGAGCAGGGCUCCUUGCGGAAAUUCUUGAAGUGUCAGUGGAACCAAAAAAGGAAAUGGGAGAUGAGUCCCAGUCCUGCCGUUUUGAAAUCCUUCAUUUACAAGGAAUGCAUGAAAAUAAUAAAUUAUAUUUUUAGUUCAUAUAGUCCGUAUUGACUGGCAUCAUGUGGGUUAGUACCACCCAGAGUGGACCCACUGAAUCUAUUACUCUGUGAUGAGUCAACACAUAGCAAAAUCCAACCAACUUACAAUGACUCUAGUUGGAAUUAAAUGAAAAGAUUCCAUCCAAAUUGUCCACCAUGAAACAGGUUUCUGUAGUUCCUAUAUUGUUUCUAAAGUAAUGAUUUUUUAAAAAUGGACUGUGUGACUGUAUAGCCCGAGUAUAGUAUUUUUAGAAAGUAAUAUUGAAGGGUGCCUUGUGCUGUCACAGUUAAACCCAUAUUCCAGUACAGUAGGCCUGCGUAUUAUAUGGGAUCCUUUCCAGGACCUUUCAUAUCAUACAAUUUUCACAUAAUCUGGAACUGCCUUUAUUAUGUGAAAUUAAUGAUGUCUCGGGCUUCUGAUUGAGCAUACCAUAGAAUCUAUGGAGGACCUCAAAAAUGUCUAGAGAAAUCUUUUCUCUAGGCUUCCAGUGCAGUUCUUUGAUCAAGUCCAAAUGGAAGUUAACCAUAGAAUUGUGCUGGAGGCCUAGAGAGAACACUUCUCUAGACAUUGCUAAGUCCUCUGAAGCAAUUCUGUGCUAUUCAAAGCUCUUCAUUUAUAAAUGAAACCAUGUUCAAUGAGCUUGCAUAAUAAGUGGACCUUUGUCUUAUCAAACCUUGUCAGGGAACCUCUGUACCUGUCAGCAAGUCACACGUUUCAUUUAGAGAUCACAACAAGGUUCUCUGUGUCACAUACUCUCCAACAUUUCACCAAUGAAAACUGGGAACAUGGGACCAAGCAGCAUCCAAAUGUUCAGAAAGUGGCAAAAAUCAUUAAUGAGAGAGAAUUCACAAAUGAAGAGAAGCCACAGCCUUUUCUUUGGCCUGCACCAGCUGGGAAAUAUAAAAUUCUGCACAUCCCCUCCCACCAUUUGAGUUCAUGAAGUACACUUUGAACUCAGUUUGCAGUAUCAAAAGAAAACUGAAACAAAGAGGAAGAAAGAGGGGGGGAUUAAAGGUAACUGAAAUUAUGGGAUAUCAGAGGAGUAAUUAGGACUGUCAUUGCCAAAUUGGGACAGUUGAUGGGCAUGGUAUCAUAAACAUAAUGGAGGCAUGAUAUAUUCCAUGUGUGACUGACCGCUCUGUUUUCUGGAAGUGAGCAAACAUUCAAUUGAUAUUUCUUUUCUUUCCCUGUAAGCUUGUUAGCGUCGUUGUCAACAACACCAUCAUUCAUUUGCAGAGAUGGUAGAUUCAACAGAUUAUUGGUGGUGUACCAGCCCCUGAUGGAAAAUCAUAAAGUGCCAAGAAUAGAUAAGAAAGGGGAUAAACUGCAUGGAGUUAUUUGUAGGUGAGAAAGCAAUGACGAAGUGAAGAGAGGAGGAAGCAGAAGCAGGUGAGAGGCAACGUCUGAUCAGCAUUCACACAUAACUAUAGUGUUCUUUCCUUCAUGGGAUCUGGGAUUCCUGAGAAUCUUCUAAAUGUACUGGGGAAUAAUAAAGGUUAUAUCUGGAGAAGACAAAGUUGGCUAUGUUAGACUGCAAAUUUAAAAUUGAUUCGGAUGAAUAAUAAUCCCAAGAAAGAAGUAGAAAGAAGCCACAUUAGAACCACUGAAUGAUAUGAGAGCUUGGAAAAAAUGUCCUUUUUCUCACAUUAACUUUUAUGAGUUUUGUUGUUUCUCAAAACUACACAUUUCUGAACUUUUCACAGUCCGAUUACAUAGAUCAUUUCCUCUUAUUUGAGUGUUAACUAUGGGGGUUGGAGUGGGAUAGGGAUUCUGUUUCUUGCCAUAAUUUAGGCAAAAUGCUAAGUUAAUUAAUAAAUAACCAAUUAUUCUUCCUUUGGGACUCUUCCCAUGUUUAUGUGCAAUAGUAUGUAUGGAUUCUACUGCUAGGUGAUCGUCUUGUGAAUGUUCUUUUGUUUAACCGCUGUAGAAGAUAGUUUGCAGGACUGAGAUUUUUCAUAGAUGUAAAGCACAAACUGAUGAAUAAUUUCUAUGUUAAAUCAUAGUGAUGUCUAAAAUAAAUUGUUUUCUCAUAACUGUCAAUGAUUUUCAAUAAAAAAAAUUGAGAUGUUUAGUAAACCUUUAAGGAAGCUGUAAAAAUCAUUAUGGAGAACACGUUUUAUUGAACAUAACUGGAGUGUGACUUAAUUAUAAGCAGCAAAUAAAUAUUGAUUGCAUUUGUAAAA